CCCUCAUCACCCUCUCCCGCCUGGGUUCGGACGGGCAGCGGCGGCGGCGGUGUCGUCGUCAGGGGGCGGAGCCGGCCUGGGCGCCCUUUGUCUGUGGAGGCGGUAAUGCCUUCUCAGAAUGCUGUACUUUCCCAGGAGGGAAACAUGGAGAAGGAAAUGAAUGUUGGAUCACAGAUACAGCGGUCUCAGGAAUCACUGACAUUCCAGGACGUGGCUGUGGAAUUCACCAGAGAGGAGUGGGACCAGCUAUACCCUGCUCAGAAGAACCUCUACCGAGACGUGAUGCUGGAGAACUAUAGGAACCUGGUUGCACUGGGGCAUCAACUUCAUAAGCCAGAGGUGAUCACUCAGUUGGAGCAGGAGGAGCAGUGGAUGAUGGAGAGAGACAGCCCACCAGACACUCAUCCAGAUGGGGAGAAUAGUCCAGAAAUAAAAAAAUCAAACCAGAAUAUUUCUGAUGAAAAUAAAACCUGUGACAUGCUAAUGGAGAGAUUAACAGGAGACAGUUUCUGGUAUUCCAUCUUAGGUGGACUCUGGGAUUUUGAUUACCGGUUAGAAUCUAACCAAGAAAACCAGCAGAGACAUUUAGGACAAGUAUCUUUCACCCAGAAAAAGAUCACACAGGAGAGAAGCCUUGAAUGUAAUAGAUUUGGGGAAAACUUUAAUCUGAACUCAAAUCUUGUUAUGCAUCAGAGAAUUCCUUCAAUUAAAAUACCCGUUAAUUCUGACACACAAGGAAAUAGCAUCAAGCAUAUUUCAGACUUCACUUACUAUCAGGGAAACUAUGUAAGAGAGAAUCCUUAUGAAUAUAAUGAGUGUGGAAAAAUCUUCAAUCAACAUAUUCUUCUUACUACUCAUAUUCAUACUGAGGGGAAACCCAGUGAGUGUGGGAAGGCCUUCAGCCAAAACUCAUCUCUUACUCAACCUCAGAUAGUACUCACAGGAGAGAAGCCCUAUAAGUGUGAUGAAUGUGGGAAAAGAUUCAGCCAGAGGAUACAUCUUAUUCAACAUCAGAGAAUUCACACAGGAGAAAAACCUUUUAUAUGCAAUGAAUGUGGGAAAGCCUUCCGUCAACAUUCAUCCUUUACUCAACAUCUGAGAAUUCAUACUGGAGAGAAGCCCUAUAAAUGUAAUCAGUGUGGUAAAGCCUUUAGCCGUAUCACAUCCCUUACAGAACAUCAUAGACUUCAUACUGGAGAGAAACCUUAUGAAUGUAGUUUUUGUGGGAAAGCCUUCAGCCAAAGGACACAUCUUAAUCAGCAUGAGCGAACUCAUACAGGAGAGAAACCCUAUAAAUGUAAUGAAUGUGAAAAAGCCUUCAGCCAGAGUGCACACCUUAAUCAACAUAGGAAAAUCCAUACUCGGAAGAAAUUAUGUGAAUAUAAUAAAUGUGAGAAAACCUUAAGCCACAGUCCUUCACUUACUCCUCAGCACAUAACUCAGAAUUUUUAGCUUUGUUCCUGCGGGGGUGGGGGUGGGGUAAGGGACUCAUAUGAAUAUAUAAAUGUAGGAAAAUUUUGGUCAGACCUUUUCAUCCCAUGCAAUAUCAUAUUAUUCAUAGUGGGGAGAAAGGUUAUAGAUAAACUUCUAAUGUGUAGAAGCCAAAUAAAUUUAGACCUUAAACUAGUAGCAUAUUAUAUUCCCAGGACAGGUUAUAAGUAGUGAAAGUAAUUUAUUUUAUAAACAAGAUUAUAUGAGGAGUCAUGUUUUAAAACUUUUCUUAAUGACCAGAAAUCCUGUAGGCAAUAACCUAUGAUUAUUCCCCUGUGAUUUUUAUAGCAUAAAGUUUUUAAAUUAUAUAAACAUUGAUUAAUCAAGGCAAUGAUAUAGUAUAACCAGUCACAUAAACUUGAAAUCAAUAGAAAAGAGCAAUAUUUCUUAAACUUCAGUCAUUUGUAUGCAUCCUUUACAGAUUUUACCAUAUUCAGUGUUUACUUAAUAUUUUCCUUUAAAGGGACUCAGAAUUUUUAGCCUUGUCCUAGGAAAUAUUAUUUAUGGAAAUUGUGAGUUCUGUAUGAUAAUUAUAUUCUAAUUUCCAUCAAAAUAAAUAUAUAACUUUGAAAUUGAAAAUAUCCAUUGGUGUACCACCUAAGUCUUCUGACCAUUUUUUGAGAAGCCAUGUGAGAGGAUAUGGCAGUAUUAUGUUAUUUUUUAGGAAUCCUUGCAUUAUUUUCAUCAAACAGAUCCUAGGAUCUUUAAGAAGAGUCUUGGAGGAGACUGAGGGUCAUAUCGAUGAACUUUGAAAAGUGAUUCAGAGAAGUCUACUUUUCUAUCCUAUUAUUCUAGUUUUAAAGUUCCCUGUAGCAAACAUAGAUUUUUGAACUAAAAUUCUCAUUUCUGUUAUUACUGCAGAUUUGAAUAGAGAGGAGGUUUUAUUUUAUAAUGACAGGGACUUUAUAAGAAUUCCUACACCUCCCUGCACCACUGUGGAAGACAGAAGUAGGGUACCGUAACAGAGGAUGAGUGGUGGUGCCACACUGAGGCUAAGAACCAGGGAAGAGCCUUACUGGCUUAUAUAAACAACUAAGGAAGUGUUACUAAUUGGCUUAUUAAUUCAUUUUAUUUAUUGAAAUAUAUUUAUGUACCACCUUUUUCCAAAAAGAAUUUAAGGUGUUUUAAUUUGAUUUUUAUGAUUACUGCCUUGUUUGACAGAAAUCACUUUUUGACAUUACAAAGCAUCAUAAAUAUAAACUGUCACAGCCAUGAAUAGCUGCAACUAGGAGGCUGCUUCUGUUUCUUGGCUUUCUGUUUUUCUCUUGGUCUUCUCAGGCACGGCUGAAGAAGCCAUGAGGCUAAGUAAGAAUGCAGUCCCCUUGCUUUCUCACCUUCCUUCUAACAUAUCUCCCAGCUCAAGACUUGCCUUUUUUUUUUUCCCUGUGAAGGACUAGAUAUCAUAGGCCUUAAGUGAAAGCUGGAAUGAUUUAAAUUUUUUUAAAACUUAAAACACUAAAAACCAAGAAAGUAAUGAAAUGAAUUCAUUUCACCAUGGAAGUUAAACUUUUCAAAGUACAUUUAUGUCCCAUGCAUCAGUGGAUGAAAUAGUUAAUAAAACCCCAAGUUACUGUAGUCAUGGAGGAUUUCUAAUAAUAUUUUGUGUUCAAAUAUCUGUGAAAUGGAGAUCCACUGUCAAGACAGAUAAGUUCUGGAAGUGUCUUUUCACCAAAAGGAUCUACAUUGAACAUUUAUUUACCCUCAGGAGGCAGAGUAUAGAGCACUCAGGUUUCAGGAAGAGAGAGUGAGCCAAGGCAAAGUCUCAGAUAGCAGAGGUAUGUAGGAAAAGAAUUAAUGGUUAAUUACAAUUGGUGAAGCCUUUGAUCAAAGUUUAAUUUUGCAACCGGAGGGGGGAAAAAAGCUGAAUAAUCCACAAAGAGUGCUAAGGGCUUCAAUACAAGGCAGUGUAUCUCAGCACAGGGGAAGAAGGAGAGCAGUGUGGGAUUUUUCAGGAGAGGAUCAGCAGAAUUUGGACAAUUUCAGAAAAGAGGAGUCGGGACUGAAGAAGACCAGUUGGCCAUGGAUUUUCAGCAAUUCUUCAUAAAUAGGAAUUAUAAAAUUAGAAGCCUAUUAUAUAUCCUUAGGGUCAUAAAUGAUUAUGCUUAUGUUAACUGUACAGUAAACUAUGUCAUUCUGGUGUGAAUUCAUUCUCAUGUCCUUUGUUGUCUUCAACAUGUUCCAAGUUACGUGAAUCCUAAGUAUAUUUAUUGCAUCAAAAUUCAAGGAAGCCAUAGGAGUAGUACUCAUUCAGAAACCUGUUGGUAUGAUUUAUUUCUGUCUAGGAGGGCAAGAUAUUACCCUUUUACAUAUAUUAAUUCAUUUGGUCCAUCCAACCAGGUGUUGUUGCCUUUUUUUUUUAUGAAAAGAGAUACUUCAGCUUAGACAUAAUAAUAAGUGAUUUAUUAUUCAGGGUUUCUUGGACUGAAAUGUCACUAGAACAUGGAUCAUGUUACUCUAAUCCAGUGGAUACAAACAGUGCCUGGAACAGUGUUUUAUAGCACUCUGAAAACAUUUGAUAACUAUAUUAAAAUUAAUAAAAUGAGAGAUUGCUGCUCAACACAAAAAUUCAUAUGACUCUUUCUCUGAACCUCAGAGUAUAAAAGGAUUACCAUGUUGAUAGAUUCUCUUAUGUCCAAAGGGCUUAUGGGUUGGAGAAAAAUACUCAUCUGGAUUUUGAUUAAUGUUCAAUUUAUUAAUUUAAGGAAACAACUGACAUUCUUUAAGCAGCCAACAUUCCUUUAAUUAUUCAUAGAUGUGCAAAUAAUAAAAACUUAAGAAUUUCUAAAAUUAGAUAUCCCUACUCUUUUAAACACUGAGCAGAUUUAAACACAUGUAAACAUUUCAUUAAAAUCACAAAUCUAGGGCUUCCCUGGUGACACAGUGGUUAAGAAUCUGCCUGCCAAUGCAGGGGACAUGGGUUCGAGCCCUGGUCUGAGGAGAUCGCACAUGCUGCAGAGCAACUAAGCUUGUGCACCACAACUACUGAGCCUGCACUCUAGAGCCCGUGAGCCACAACUGCUGAACCUGCGUGCCACAACUACUGAGGCCCAUGUGCCUAGAGCCUGUGCUCCAUGACAAGAGAAGCCACUGCAAUGAGAAGCCUGUGCACUGCAACGAAGAGUAGCCCCUGCUCGCCACAACUAGAGAAAGCCCACGCGCAGCAAUGAAGACCCAACAUAGCCAAAAAUAAAUAAAUAAAAUUUUUUUUUAAUUUCAAAUUUUAUUAAGUGCCUUAAACACAUUAAGAAACAGGUAAGAGGUACCCAGAUUAUAAAAAUAAUUAUACUGAAACUAGUUAUAAAAAUGUUAACUCUGGGCUUCCCUGGUGGCGCAGUGGUUAAGAAUCCGCCUGCCAGUGCAAGGAACACAGGUUCGAGCCCUGGUCCGGGAAGAUCCCACAUGCCGCAGAGCAACGAAGCCUGUGCUCCACAACUACUGAGCCUGCACUCUAGAGCCCAUGAGCCACAACUACUGAAGCCCGCAUGCCACAACUACUGAAGCCCGCGUGCCACAACUACUGAAGCCCACGUGCCUAGAGCCCAUGCUCCGCAACAAGAGAUGCCACCACAAUGAGAAGCCCGCGCACUGCAACAAAGAGUAGCCCCCACUUGCCACAACUAGAGAAAGCCCGCGUGCAGCAGUGAAGACCCAACACAGCCAAAAAUAAUAAAUAAGAUAAAUAAAUUUAUAAAAAAAUAAAGUUAACUCCAUGGACUUGAUGUUUUUAUCCUUAUUUGAAUAUUUUCCCAGGGUUCCAAUUUUCAUAUGUUCCUAGGUUUACGUUUUUCUACCAGGUACUAUUUGUAUACCUUCCUCAGAUUUUAGUAAUCUUAUUCAACCCAAAAUAAGAAUACUACUGUAACAGACAAAUUAAGUUGAAAUUUAUGGGUUAGCAACUGUCUGAUCUUUAGUUAGGUCAUCCAUAAAACCUAGUUGCACAGACCAAAUAUUCUUUGGUCUUGUUUUAUAACAAAAUAUCACUUGUUAUGUCAUGGACAUUUUAAGACCCUACUUUUAUAUAGAUCGUAAAUUUUUGACACUUGAACUUUCCCAUAACCAUCUGGCCCAUUGGCCUGUCAUUAUGGUAUGGUGAUCUCGCUGGCUAGCAUUAUUUAAAGCUUUUAUGUGCAUCAUUAGGAUAAUUAAUGAGGCUAUCCAGCUCCUUCCGGAAGAAUGCAAGUUUUGUUGUCAGUUUUCCUCUAUAGAACAUUUGGCUACUUCAUCAUUUUGCAACAUACUGCAACCAACUUUCUGCUUGUUUACUGUAUGUAACUGUUAGAGGUGAUUAACUGUUGAACCAUCUUUCUACUUGGUCUGAGUGACUGUCUGGUUCUUCCUAUUUCUUGAUAUGGUUCAACAUUUUCCAGGAUUAUCUGGCUUGCCCAACACCCCUUUGUUUCUUCUUAACUGAUUAAACAGGAACAAAUACAUAUAUACACAUACAUGCAUGUAUAUAUAUGUAUAUAUGUACAUAUGCACAUACUUAGCAAGAAAGACAUAUAUUACUUUUUAAGAUCAGUAUUGAAUUAUACAUACCAUUUACAAUCAUCCUUUUAUGACUGUUAUAACACACUUGACUUGAGCAUCAUUAUGAACACUUGGCCUCUUACAUAACAAGCAGUUCCAAUUAACCAUUUUUUUAAAUGCUCAAAUUGUGAGAACUUGGCCAGUGGAAGCUGCAUUAAGCUAGUUUCUUUUAACUCUUAGCACUUUAUCUGUUAUCUGUAAACACGUUCUCAUUUUUGGAAGUAAGGUGGUCCAAACCCAUUCCAAAAUUUUCACUGCUCCAAGAUGUGAGUAUACUGUCUUUUUUUUUGGCCGCACUCAGCAUGUGGGAUAACAGUUCCCCAAUCAAUGAUCGAACCUGCACCCUAUGCAGUGGAAGUGUGGACUCUUAACCACUAGACUGCUGGGCAACUCCCAAGAUGUGAGAAUAGAUUCCUCCUCCACCUCCUGCCCAAAGAGUUUUAGAUUCUUUUAGUACAGAGUAGUAGAAAAGACCAAAAUCUGGGCACUAGGGAUGUCCGUGACCAUUGAGAGUGAGCAAAAGUCCUGCUGCUACUACAGCCACUGCUAUCAGGACACUUUUUAGACUUCAUAGAAAACCUUCAAAACUCCACCAAAAGCUAUUAGAACUAAUAAAUGAAUUCAGUAAAGUUGCAGGAUACAAGAUUAAUAUACAGAAAUCAUUGCAUUUCUAUACACUAAUAAUGAUCUAUCAGAAAGAGAAAUCAAGAAAAUAAUCCCACUUACAAUCACAUCAAAAAGAAUAAAAUACAUAGGGAAUAAAUUUAACCAAGGAUGUUAAAUACCUAUACUCUGAAAACUAUAAGAUACUCAUAAGAUACUCAUGAAGGAAGGUGAAGAUGUUACAGAUAAAUGGAAAGACACCCCGUGUUCAUGAAUUGGAAGAAUUCAUAUUGUUAAAACGUCCAUACUACCUGCAGAAAACUAUAAGAAGACACUGAUGAAAGAAAUUAAAGUUGAUACAAAUAGAUGGAGAGAUAUACCAUGUUCUUGGAUUGGAAGAAUCAACAUUGUGAAAAUGACUAUACUACCCAAAGCAAUCUACAGAUUCAGUGCAAUUCCUAUCAAACUACCACUGGCAUUUUUCACAGAACUAGAACAAAAAAUUUCACAAUUUGUAUGGAAACACAAAAGACCCUGUGAAUAGCCAAAGCAAUCUUGACAAAGAAAAACGGAGCUGGAGUAAUCAGGCUCCCUGACUUCAGACAAUGCUACAAAGCUACAGUAAUCAAGACAGUAUGGUACUGGCACAAAAACAGAAAUAUAGAUCAAUGGAACAGGAUAGAAAGCCCAGAGAUAAACCCAUGCACAUAUGGUUACCUUAUUUUUGAUAAAGGAGGAAAGAAUAUACAGUGGAGAAAAGACAGCCUCUUCAAUAAGUGGUGCUGGGAAAACUGGACAGCUACAUGUAAAAGAAUGAAAUUAGCAGACUCCCUAACACCAUACACAAAAAUAUACUCAAAAUGGAUUAAAGACCUAAAUGUAAGGCCAAACACAACCAGACUCUUAGAGGAAAACAUAGGCAGAACACUCUUUGACGUAAAUCACAGCAAGAUCCUUUUUGACCCACCUCCUAGAGAAAUGGAAAUAAAAACAAAAAUAAACAAAUGGGACCUAAUGAAACUUAAAAGCUUUUGCACAGCAAAGGAAACCAUAAGACGAAAAGACAACCCUCAGAAUGGGAGAAAAUAUUUGCAAAUGAAGUAACUGACAAAGGAUUAAUCUCCAAAAUAUGCAAGCAGCUCAUGCAGCUCAAUAUCAAAAACACAACCCAAUCCAGAAAUUGGCAGAAAUAGACAUUUCUCCAAAGAAGAUAUACAGAUUGCCAACAAACACAUGAAAGAAUGCUCAACAUCAUUAAUCAUUAGAGAAAUGCAAAUCAAAACUACAAUGAGAUAUCAUCUCACACCAGUCAGAAUGGCCAUCAUCAAAAACUCUACAAACAAUAAAUGCUGGAGAGGGUGUGGAGAAAAGGGAACUCUCUUGCACUGUUAGUGGGAAUGUAAAUUGAUACAGCUACUAUGGAGAACAGUAUGGAGGUUCCUUAAAAAACUAAAAAUAGAACUACCAUACGACCCAGCAAUCCCACUACUGGGCAUAUACCCUGAGAAAACCAUAUGUACCACAAUGUUCAUUGCAGCUCUAUUUACAAUAGCCAGGACAUGGAAGCAACCUAAGUGUCCAUUGACAGAUGAAUGGAUAAAGAAGACGUGGCACGUAUAUACAGUGGAAUAUUAGCCAUAAAAAGAAACAAAAUUGAGUUAUUUGUAGUGAGGUGGAUGGACCUAGAGUCUGUCAUACAGAGUGAAGUAAGUCAGAAAGAGAAAAACAGAUACUGUAUGCUAACACAUAUAUAUGGAAUCUAAAAAAAAAAAAAAAAUCAUGAAGAACCUAGGGGCAGGACAGGAAUAAAGAUGCAGACCUACUAGAUUAUGGACUUGAGGACACCGGGAGGGGGAAGGGUAAGCUGGGAGAAAGUGAGAGAGUGGCAUGUACAUAUAUACACUACCAAAUGUAAAAUAGAUAGCUAGUGGGAAGCAGCCACAUAGCACAGGGAGUCGGCUCAGUGCUUUGUGUCCACCUAGAGGGGUGGGAUAGGGAGGGUGAGUGGGAGGGAGUCGCAAGAGGGAAGAGAUAUGGGGAUAUAUGUAUAUGUAUAGCUGAUUCACUUUGUUAUAAAGCAGAAACUAAUACACCAUUGUAAAGCAAUUAUACUCCAAUAAAGAUGUUAAUAAAUAAAUAAAUAAAAUGUCCAUACUACCCAAAGCAAUCUACAGAUUUAAUGCAAUUCUUGUCAAAAUACCCACGACAUUUUUCACAGAACUAGAACAAAUAAUUCUAAAAUUUGUAGGGAACCCAAAAGACCCUGAAUAACCAAAGCAAUCUUGAGAAAAAAGAACAAACCCAGAGAUAUCAGUCUCCCUGACUCUAGGCUACAAAGCUACAGUAUGAAACAGUAUGGUCCUGGCACAUAAACAGACAUACUGACAAAUGGAACAGAAUAGAGAGCCCAGAAAUAAACCCGCACGGUUAUGGUCAAUUAAUCUAUGACAAAUGUGGCAAGAAUAUACAAUGGAGAAAAGAUGGUUUAUUCAAGAAGUGGUGCUGGGAAAACUGGACAGCCACAUAUAAAAGAAUAAAAGUAGAUCAUUUUCUCACACCAUGAAAACAAAUAAACUGGAAAUUAUUAAAGACCUAAAUGUAAGACCUGAAACCAUAAAACACCUAGAAGGAAAUAUAGGCAGAACACUCUUUGACAUAGGUCUUAGAGAUAUUUUUUUGGAUCUGUCUCUUCAGGUAAGCGAAAUGAAAGCAAAAAUAAACUAAUGGGACAGAAUCAAACUGAAAAGCUUUUGCACAGCAUAGGAAACCAUCAGCAAAAUGAAAAGGCAAGUGUCCAUGGACAGAUGAAUGGGUAAAGAAGAUGUGAUAUAUAUAUAUAUAUAUAUAUAUAUAUAUAUAUAUAUAUAUAUAUACACACACACACAAUAGAAUACUACUCAGCCAUAAAAAGAAUGAAAUAUUGCCAUUGCAGCAACAUGGAUGGACCCAGAGAUUAACAUACUAAGUGAAGUAAGUUAGACAGAGAAAGACAAAUGCCAUAUGAUAUCACUUAUAUGUGGAACCUAAAAAAAUGAUACAAAUGAACUUAUUUACAAAACAGAAACAGACUCACAGACAUAGAAAACAAACCUACAGUUGCUAAAGGGGAAAGAGGGAGAGGAGGGAUAAAUUAGCACUUUGGGAUUAACAUAUACACACUAGUAUAUAUAAAAUAGGUAAUCAACAAGGACCUACUGUAUAGCACAGGGAACUCUACUCAAUAUCUUGUAAUAACCUAUAAUUUAAAAGAAUGUGAAAAAGAAUCUGAAUCACGUUGCUGUACACCAGAAACUAACAGACAUUGUAAAUCAACUAUACUUCAAUUUAAAAAAUUCGACAACACAUUAAAAGGAUCAAAAAACAUGAUCAAGUGAAAUUUAUCCCUGGGAUGCAAGAAUGGCUCAACAUACACAAAUCAAUCAAUGUUAUAUACCACAUUAAUAGAAUGAAAGAUAAAAAUCAUAUGAUCCUCUCAAUGGAUGCAGAAAAAAACAUUUGACAAUCCUGUCAUGAUUUAAAAAAAAAAUCAACAAAUUGGGUAUAAAAGGAUAUACUAAAGAUAUCUGCAUUCCUAUGUUUAUUGUAGCAUUAUUCACAAAAGCCAAGAUAUGGAAAUAACCUUAGUAGUGUCUGAUGAAUGAAUAAGGAAAUGUCAUAUAUAUAUAUAUAUAUAUAUAUAUACACAAAAUACUAUAUAUA